CUGAGAAUCAAGUAUACCAGUUUUGUUUACUAUGUGACUUUUAAUGAUAAAUGUGUUCUAUCUUCGUUAUCUUAAAAUAAAUGUUCUUCACUUCAAAGUGUGUUUAGUAUGAACACGAAGACACGUAGAUUACAGAUUAUUUUAUCUUUACCCGUUCAGGUGACACAAGAACAAAGAUGAAAGUGAUAAGGUUCAAUAUUCCGAGGGAGUAUAUAGAGUCAGCUGUUAGCAUCAUACUGAGGGUACCAGCACUGUUUAUACUGGAAGCCUGGUACAAGUCGGACCCAGAUGUCGCUCUCCAGAAUACAACAGAAGAUGUUGUAGCCAUAGCUUACUGUGUCUACUACAGUAUUGUAUUGGUUGCUCUGGCGCUUGCUACAAUUCCUCUUGAAAAGCUGGUCAUGACAUACAUGUACAUUAUAAGCAUUGGAAUGAUUUAUGGAGCGUAUUAUCUGUCAGAUGUAUACAUAAAAGUAGAGGAAAACAGUGGCGUGGAAGUUAAAAGCGGACUCUUUGCUGCGCUGCGGGACUACAAUGUGGCACAGAGGAUGGUAUUACAUCUAUGUGCUCAAUGUGCCAUUGCUACGGUUACAGCUUAUCUAAUCGAUAUUAAAGAUUGGACAAAAUACACGCUACUUGUGUUUACCCUUCCGAUCGUAGCCAGAUUAUCUGGGCUGCCUGUUAGGGAUUUACAUGCAGUGCAUAAUUUUAGUGUGAUAUUUACUGUAAUAAUGACAUUGUUUUAUACAUUUAACACAUUUGGUUCAGGGUUGCGAGUGCUAAGAGACGGUAUAGAACAGGUGCGAGAAACUGUGUCGGCAGUUGGCUGGAUUCCCGUGAUAAUAACCUACUGGCAUGCUGUGAUGUUGCCUAUUCAGUUACUAAUCUUUUGGAUGUGUUUAUUUUCUUCUCAGAUAUUCGUAUUCUUCAAAUCAAAAAAUAUAUCCACAGAUGGGCUUGUAUUGUUCCUUUUGGCAGCAAUGGGCGAGUGUUGUGCGACACCAGUCAGUCUGUUUGCACUGUGUAUAGCAAUAUCCUACUUGUCAUACUAUGUACUGACACUGACCAAAGUAUUCCUUCUAGGAUGGGAUGGCUUGGUACAAGACAAUGAUUUGUUACGAGGUUGGACGGAAGGCUUUACAAUGAUGCUGAUCGCACUACAGACUGGGUUACUGGACCUGAAACCUCUGGAGCGCGCAUUUCUGAUGAGUGUAUUGCUCUUCAUUGUGGUGUCGUCGUUGGUGCAAUCGAUGUAUGAAAUAACUGACCCAAUUUUACUCGUGUUGAGUGCUUCGCACAGUCGCAGUCUGAGUAAACAUUUACGUGUGUUAGCUUUGUGUACGGUACUCUGGGUUGUACCAUUGUACAUGACUUACGCGAUCUGUCAGUACUUUAGUCUUGACUUUUGGUUGAUGAUAAUUAUUUCAAGCUGCAUAUUGACAUCCGUUCAAGUGAUUGGGUCUUUGUUGAUCUACUGGUUAUUUCUGUAUGAUACGUUUAGAACAGAGACGUGGGAAAGACUGGACGAUGUUGUUUACUACAUAAGGUCGACAGUAAGGGUCUUGGAAUUCGUAGUCGCAGUGUUUGUCGUCUGCUUCGGAAUCAAAGAAUCAUUAUAUUCGGAAUGGAGCUGGAUAAAUUCUGGCAUAUUAAUCAUUCAUUGUUACUUUAACGUGUGGCAGAGGCUACAAAGUGGCUGGAAAACAUUUCUCCUGCGCCGUGAAGCAGUUCACAAGAUCGAAUCACUACCCGAAGCAACUGCAGACCAACUUUCUCAGCAUAAUGACGUAUGUGCCAUAUGUUUCCAGGCAUUGAAUUCUGCGCGAAUUACAGAAUGUGGACAUUUCUUCCAUGGUUGUUGUUUGAGAAAAUGGCUGUAUGUAAAAGACUCGUGCCCACUUUGCCACCAGUCAAUUAGUGAUCAUAAUUCAGAAGAGAAAAGAAAAACAGUUAAUUUGGAAAAUAUAAAUGAUUUUGUUGACAAUGAACUAACAGAUACAGAAACGGAAACAGAAGAUGAUGAUGAUGAUGAUGAUACUAGUUCCAGUUCGUGCAAUGAAGAGGAGGAAAUGGUUAUGAAUCAUUUGAAUUAAAUUUGUAUUACAUGGAGAUAUGAUACCUAACAUUCACCUUGGAUUUGGUGGUGAUUUUUGCUUUUUUCAUGUUAAAGACAAGUUAACAUACUAGAAUAUGCAGCUGAAUUUAUUAUAUGGACUCCUAUCUAUUAAUGAACAGAACAGAGCAGAUCAGAUGCUUUGUUAAGACUUGCACACUCUACACAUUGUGUACAACACAUUUUGUUUACAAAUCAGAUGUCAAAAAAAUGGUAAAUUUUUAAAUAUAUAAGUUUAUUUUUAUUUGAUUUUGGACAAAAACUGGUGAUUGAUUUUUGAGGGUUUUUAGCUCACCUGAGCACGAAGUGCUCAAGGUGAGCUUUUGUGAUCGCCCUGUGUCCGUUGUCAGUCGUCCGUCCGUCCGUCAUCCGUUGUCAACAAUUUGACUGUUAACACUCUAGAGGUCACAAUUUUGGCCUAAUCUUAAUGGAACUUGGUCAGAAUGUUACCCUCAUAAAAAAUCUUGGACGAGUUUGAUAUUGGGUCAUCUGGACAUAGGUCACCAGGUCAAAUCAAAGGAAAGCUUGUUAACACUCCAGAGGUCACAAUUUUGGCCCAGUCAUUAUGAAACUUGGUCAGAAUGUUACCCUUAAUAAAAUCUUGGAUGAGUUCGAUAUUGGGUCAUCUGGGGUCAAAAACUAGGUCACCGGGUCAAAUGAAAGGAAAAGCUUGUUAACACUCUAGAGAUCACAAUUUUGACCCAAUCUUAAUGAAACUUGGUCAGAAUGUUACCCUCAAUAAAAUCUUGGACGAGUUUGAUAUUGGGUCAUCUGGGAUUAAAAACUAGGUCACCAGGUCAAAUCAAAAGAAAAGCUUGUUAACACUCUAGAGGUCACAAUGUUGGCCCAAUCUUAAUGAAACUUGGUCAGAAUGUUACCCUCAAUAAAAUCUUGGAUAAAUUUGAUUUUGGGUCAUCUGGGGUCAAAAACUAGGUCACCAGGUCAAAUCAAAGGAAAACCUUGUUAACACUGUAGAGGCCACAUUUAUGACUGUAUCUUCAUGAAUCUUGAUCAGAAUGUUAAUCAUGAUGAUCUUCAAGUCCAGUUUGAAUCUGGGUCAUGAAGGGUCAAAAACUUGGUCACCAGGUCAAAUCAAAGGAAAAGCUAGUUAACACUGUAGAGGCCACAUUUAUGACCAUGUCUUAACGAAACUGUGUCAGAAAGUUAAUCUUGAUGAUCUAUAGGUCAUGUUCAAAUAUGGGUCAUGUGGGGUCAAAAACUAGGUCACUGGGUCAAAUCAAAGGAAAAGCUUGUUAACACUCUGGAGGCCACAUUUAUGACUGUAUCUUCAUGAAACUUAGUCAGAAUGUUAAUCUUGACGAUCUUUGGGUCAAGUUCGAAUCUGAGUCAUAUGGGGUCAAAAACUAGGUCACCAGGUCAAAUCAAAGGAAAAGUUAGUUAACACUUUAGAGGCCACAUUAAUGACCAUAUCUUAAUGAAACACUUACUAUCUUGAUGAUCUUUAGGUCAAUAGGUCAGGUGAGCGAUACAGGGCCUUCAUGGCCCUCUUGUUUUUACAUUAUUCUGAUGCCUGUUAAUACCUUAAUUGUAAUGAAAGAUCUCACUUAACUUACAUUUGAAUGAUUUGUUAGAGGUGUUAUAAAUCUGUUUAUUUUUUGUUGAUUAUGGACCUUAAAGGGUUCUUCAACUUCUCUGGACCAGGUGUCAGACAAUAUUAUGCUUGUGUAAAUAAGUUAUUUAACCUCUGCACAUGUGAAAAGCAUACACAAAUGUACGACAGAUUGAUUUGAAUAGAGCUAAAACUGACUUUGUUAGGACUGCAUAUUUUGGAAGAAGUGGCUUCACUCAUAAUAAGAUUUUUAUAAAAUUCAGGUAGUUCAUCUCCUAAAUCAGGCAGCGAGCCCUUUUAAUUUUGAAUAAAUACAUUUUUUGGAAUAAAAUUAUAAAAGUUUUGUGGUUUCAUCCAAAAAUGCAGUUUCUUGGGGACGUGAUUUCGUAGUUUUAAAUCAGAUGUAAAGACAAAGUAAAAGAGAAGUUUAUUUGUUCAUUUGGAUUUAAUUUUAUGGAUUGCACAAACCAUGAAAUUCACGAAUAUUAAUCCCCCCUUAAUAAUUGGCAAAAUCACUUGCGGACUGCAGGCUUAAGGUUAACAAGCUGAAAUCUUCUGAAAACGGUAAAACUUUGCACGUUGCUGUGAGUUACAUUUCAAGCAUAUCAGAAGAAUAUUAAUUACCAAAAAAAAUUAAUCUCUCAUCUCUAGUCAUUUAUCUACAUACUUUUUCACUUGUGCAAGUUGUUUCAUAAUUGAAUGUAAUGCAUUUUGUAGAUUGAUAUGCAGAAUGUAAAAAAGUAGGUAAAGAAGGCUGACCAUCACAAUUUGAGCCCCCGCCAUGCGUUUGCGACCAGCAUGGAUCCAGACCAGACUGCACUGGCUGUUAGCUUUCAAAUCCUAUGGCAGUUUGAAAAACCAUUAGCGAACAGCAUGGAUCCUGACCAGACUGCGCGGAUGCGCAGGUUGGUCUGUAUCCAUGCUGGUUGCAAAUGCACUAUGUUGGUUUUCACAUGGCGCGGCGCAUUUAUUGUUUAUUUGUGACAGCGAUAAUGAAGAAAUGGUAUUAAAUUGAACACAAAAAUACUGACAUAAUAAUUUCUAUGUUAUUUGAUACUGUAACCAGUUGUAGGCUAUGAAUAUAGUAUGUGUAAAUACUACAUUGUAUUUAUGAUCAGUAUUUCCAUUGUAAGCAUUGUGUAAGAAUUUUCCCUGGUUCUCA